CCCCACCUGCUAGGAAGAGAAUUCCAUCAUUCUUGGAAUUCUUCCCUUGGCCAGUGCACGGAGGCGCGCAGGGUUUCGACAAACGCGGCAGCUGACUCUGCAAGGCUUUCAUUGUUUGGGGACCAGCCGCCCGCCCAAUCAGUAAGCAGGGCGCUGCCCGGCAGGAGCCCGCGCAGCCGAGCUUGGCUGUCGGGAGUAGCGAGCAGCUUUUGGAGGCGCCGCUGCAGGGAGCACGCCGGUCUCCGCCCCCCUCCUGGCCCGGCUCUCCUCUGCACUUGCGGGGAGGGGGGGAGUAACCCAGCAGAGCGGAGUUCGUGCAAACUGGAUCCUGCCAGGAAUGGAGACUCCAUUGGAUGUUUUGUCAAGAGCAGCAUCCUUAGUGCAUGCUGAUGAUGAAAAACGCGAAGCUGCUCUAAGAGGAGAACCCAGGAUGCAGUCUCUCCCAGUAUCAGCUGCUGUAACCAACCAUAGGACAGGGCCACCCCCUAUCAGUCCUUGCAAGAGGAAGUUCAGCAUGGACCAAGGAGACGAUGACCUAGACUGUGAAAAUGAACAUGUCUCUAAAAUGACUCGAAUGUUCAGUCCCCAUCUAAUGAAGACUGCCAAUGGGGAUUAUCGAAAAGAACACAGAGACAGGAGUCGUAGUCCAAUAGAACGGGCCGCUGCACCAACAAUGAGCCUUCAUGCUAAUCACAUAUAUGCCUCAAUCCCAAGCUUAACCAUGGAUCAACCUCUAGCACUGACCAAAAACAGCAUGGAUGCUACCCGCUCUGUCAGCAUCACUCCUACAAUGACGUCGGUGGAACGGCAGCAGAACCGUCCAUCUGUAAUUACAUGUGCCUCUGCAAGCAAUCGUAACUGUAAUCUAUCUCAUUGUCCAAUCGCGCACAGUGGAUGUGGUACUGCCAUGCCAGCCAGUUACCGGAGACCAUCUAGCACUACCACUGCCUGUGAUCCAGUGGUGGAAGAGCACUUCCGCAGAAGCCUUGGCAAAAAUUACAAGGAGCCAGAGCCAGUGACAAACUCUGUAUCCAUCACCGGAUCAGUUGAUGACCACUUUGCCAAAGCACUUGGAGAAACAUGGCUGCAGAUUAAAGCUGCAAAGGACGGCGUGUCCAGCAGUCCUGAAUCUGCCUCUAGAAGGGGGCAGUCAUCUUCUCCUCCUUCCUCCCACUUGGUCAGUCAUAAUCAUUCACCUUCUGUAGUCUCAUGAAGAGAGGACCACCAUUUCUUCAUCCAAAACAUCAGCUUGCAUGGUUUGACUGAGCUUGGAACAGUGCUCAAAUCAAAUGGUUUUUGGGAGGAAGGAUACGAGAGAUUAGUUUCAACACACAUUUUGUGUUUAUUUGCUUGGGGUUUUUUUAUACGUGUGCCCUUAAAAGAUGAUAGCAGGAGCUAUUUGAUUAACAAAUAAAUUCUAUGAUGUAGCACUCUUUUUCCUGCCUCAGUUACCAAAGAAACCUCUGAUGCAAAUCUGCUGCCCCAUUUUCUUGAAAACAAACACAAAAAAAGCAAAGAAAAAAAGCCAUUCUGUACAGUUGGUUGACCCAAACGCUGUGUGCUUUGGUUAGCUUCUUGAGAGUAGAAUUUGUCUGGUUUUGCUUCCAUUGCUUUCUUUCCCUUGUGAAGUUAACAUUGUAUGUAUAUAUACUUGAAAAGAACUGUCACGUAUGAUUUGCACUAUUGGAGGAGGUCUAGAGUUGCAUAGCAACUUCACACACGACGCUUAUAUUCUGAGGGCAAACUGCUUUGAAAAAAGUCUAAAGGUGAUGUUUCUGUCUCUCUUUAAAACAAGAAAGCAAAAUUUGCUUAGGAAGGGGAAGUCUCAUACAGGUUAUAGGUCUUUCUCUCUUUUAGAUUUCAGAUGCUUAAUGCUUGCAACUGGACUGCAUAAUUGACCGAUUCAUGGGCAUUUACACGUUUCUUAACACUGCAGGUUAUUAGAAUAGAGCUGAGGUUAGAGGGUUCAAUAGUGCUUAAAGAUGCAUGUUUUAUGGAAAAAAUAGCUGGUAUCUAUUAAUGUAUAGACAGUAAGAAAUAUAAUACUUAUUAGCCUUUAUUGAGAAGUAGUUUUAUUUUAUUUUGUUCAGUAACAGCCCUAGGUAGACUUACUGCUGGUACAGUUGUACUCUGAGAUUUGUAUUUGAUAUUCACUUUAGCAGCAGCCAGCAACCAUUGGCAGCCUCAGGUCAGGCCUCAAAUGAAGCAGUUUAUAGUAUAUACAGUGAUGUGAGGUACAGGAUUCUAUAGUUGCAUUCAUUACUCAAUAAAUAGUUUUACAUCUGCAUCAUCUUCUGCUUAAUACACAUUUACUUACUAAAGUCUAAAAAAUAUGUAAGCUAACCAGUUGAAGAAAACUGCUAUCUUGUUAAAUAUUUCAUCAGAGCAAGAUUGUGAAAUGCAAUCUUAUUUUUGGGGCUGCUUAUAAAUCUAGGCCAAGGCACCAUACAUUCCUCCAUAUUUUUUUAAAAAAAUCUUUUAUAAAGGUGUUACUUGCAUUUAUUUCAUUUGCUAUAUUAAUAGCCACUAACUAGAUAAUAGAGGCAGACAUAAAGAACAGACGUGUUAGUAGUAAUGAGCUUCUCAGCUUUUUGUUAAAUGCAGCAACCCCCCCCUUAGCCACACCGCACACAUUCCAUGACCCCCCAGUACAGUUACUACCAAGGCUUUUUAUAUGGGAUUACCUGAAAAGACUGGCUCUAUUGAGAGAAUUUAUGAAUAGGUGAAAGACAGAACUAUAUGUGAUGUAUUCUGGGCUGUGUAUUGGGUCCAUACUGGCUUUUACAUUUUUUUAAAUGUUAAAGCUAUUGAAUAUGAAAAGAGCACAGAAUAGAUGAGGCCAGAAGAUAACCUGUUUUGUUUUUCCAUAUUAAGUGUGGCUGCUUAAUUUUUUUUAAAAAGCAGGAAAAGGACGCUUGUCACCCAUUUCAUUAUCAUCAUACUGGGUAGUCAAUCUGCUUUGGCAUUCGGUACCCUGCUCCCCAUAAGAAAAUUGGAGAAUAAAAAUACACUUUUUAUAUAGGUAACUUUAAGACCAUCAUUACGCUGUGCGUAAAGAAUGUACAGAAAAAUUUGUAGGUAUUUUUUGAGGAACAAUUAAUUUGUUAAUGAUAUGUAGCUAUUUAAUUUUUCCCUUUCCUUUACUGUAAUCAUUCUCUCUCUCUUUUUUUUGGUCUGUUUGGAGAAAAAAGUUGAUCUUUUUUGUUUGUAGAUGUCUGUAAUACAGUAAAAGUGCAGGAACACAGUUAUUCUAUGAGAACACUGCAUUAGCAAUUAAUAGCCACUAGUGUGUUAUUGCUACAGGCUACUGAGCGGUUUAACAGGAAAGUACUAAUGACUGUAGAUAGACUCUGGGAUAUAUAACUCCUUUGACAUUUCUUUUAAGCACAAUACGACAGUGUCAAGUUUACUUAUCUGUGAUAGGUAAAUGGAUUUGUGGUAGGGCAAAGACUGGCACCUCUGUCUUAACCACACAAUACUUGGAAGUGUAUUGAUUUUGAUGGAAUAUACUUCAAAGUAAGUGUGCUUAGGGUUAUAGGCUCCGUGUGAUGUGUUGUCCCAUGCAUAAUCAUUUGGGGGGAGGGAAAUUCCAUGGGAAAUAUACUUACACCAGAGGGGUUCGGGUGGUGAGAGGAGGAGGGAUAUUAACCUCACUGUUACAUGAAGUUUUUUCACAGAGCCACAGUAUCUACAGUUCAGCUUGAACAAUGCUCCCCAUGUUUGUAAAUCUGUAAUAUAUCAUUAUUUUGUGGCCUUGUUUCACCUGGAGAUUUUUAAAAAAGGUUUGGCAGGCCAUCUUUUUUUGUACUUAAAAGUAGCCUUAAUGAACAAUAAAGUGCUCUUAAAUCUA